CCCGGCCGGCCGGGCAUGAAGCCGCUGGAGACAUUCCUGAAGAAGCAGGGCUCGCACCUGGCGGGCCGGGCCGGGGCCGGGCCCGGGGCCGGGCCGGGGGGGCUGCAGCGCCGCCCCAGCGUCUCCCGCCUGCUGCUGCCCGGCUUCCUCCGGGAGCCCGCCGACGAGCCCGAGCGGGGCAUGGAGCCGGCCCGGCCCGGCGGCGACGGGCGCUGGCUGGAGCUGCGGCCCCCGGACGCCGCGCUCCGGUCCCCCUCGUCCUUCUCCUCCGAGGAGCUGUCCCCCGGCGGCGGGGAGCCGCCGCUCAGCCCCGAGCCCGCCGCCACCUGCUGCUGGCCCCCGGGCCCGCCCGACAGCCCCGAGCGCCUGCUGGGGGCGCUGCUGGACCGGCUCGGCGGGGGCCCGACCGCGCACGGCCAGGGCUGCGGCGCAGACGUGCUACUGGACGACGUCAUCCUCACUCACUCGCUCUUCCUGCCGACCGAGCGCCUGCUGCGGGAGCUGCACCAGCGCUUCCUGCUGGCGUCGGGGGGCCCUUCGCCUGGCUGGGCGGCGAGCGACGCGCGCCCGAGGAAGCGGGCCGUGAUGACCGUGUUACUGCACUUCCUGGAGACCUACAAGGGCAUCCUGCAGGAGGAGGAGAGCGCUGGGAAAGUCAUCAAGGAUCUCUACCUGCUGAUCAUGAAAGACGUCUCCCUCUACCCGGAGCUGGAAGACGAGAUCCUGAGACUGCACCAGCUGGUGGAGAGAGCGGAGCUCAAGGUGCCCGAGGAGAUCCCGCCACCCAGCAAGCAGGUCAAGCCGCUUUUCCGGCACUUCCGGCGCAUCGACUCCUGCCUCCAGACCAGGGUGGCCUUCCGGGGCUCGGAUGAGAUCUUCUGCCGCGUGUACAUGCCCGACCACUCCUACGUCACCAUCCGCAGCCGCCUCUCGGCCUCGGUGCAGGACAUCCUGGCCGCGGUGACGGAGAAGCUGCAGUACUCGGAGGAGCAGGGCGCCCGCGAGGAAGCCCUUGCCCUGGUGGUGGUGGCGUCGUCUGGAGAGAAGGCCGUGCUGCAGCCCAGCGAGGAGUGUGUCUUCACCACGCUGGGCAUUAACAGCCACCUCUUCGCCUGCACGAAGGACGCCAUCGAGUCGCUGGUCCCGCUCCCCGAGGAGAUCCAGGUCUCGCCGGGCGACACUGAGAUCCACCGCGCGGAGGCUGAGGAAAUAGCCAAUCACCUGACGGCCUUUCACUGGGAGCUCUUCCGCUGCAUCCACGAGCUGGAGUUUGUGGACUACGUCUUCCACGGGGAGCGGGGCCGGCGGGAGACGGCCAACCUGGAGCUGCUGCUGCAACGCUGCAGUGAGGUGCAGCACUGGGUGGCCACCGAGAUCCUGCUGUGCGAGGCCCUGGGGAAGCGCGCGCACCUGCUCAAGAAGUUCAUCAAGAUCGCAGCCAUAUGCAAGCAGAACCAGGACAUGCUGUCGUUCUAUGCCGUGGUGAUGGGGCUGGACAACGCGGCCGUCAGCCGGUUACGGCUCACCUGGGAGAAGCUUCCAGGCAAGUUUAAGAACCUGUUCCGGAAGUUUGAGACUUUGACGGACCCCUGCCGGAAUCACAAAACCUACCGGGAAGUCCUCUCCAAGAUGAACCCGCCCCUCAUCCCCUUCGUGCCCCUCAUCCUGAAAGACCUGACGUUUGUGCACGAGGGCAGCAAGACGCUCCUGGACGGGCUAGUGAACGUGGAGAAACUGCACUCAAUCGCCGAAAAAGUGAGGACAAUCCGGAAGUAUCGCAGCCGUCCCCUGUGCCUGGAUUUGGAGGCGUCGCCCAGCCAGCUGCAGACCAAGGCCUACGUGCGCCAGUUCCAGGUGAUCGACAAUCAGAACCUGCUCUUCGAGCUCUCCUACAAACUGGAGGCGAGCAGCCAGUGACAGCCCCGGGGGGCGCUGGACCCGUCACACUACAGCACUUUGGCCAGCUGCGGCCCCGGCUCGCUGGACGCCCCUGUGCGCAGAGAGACACGGGCACUUUGUGGUUUACAGAGCCACGGCACUUUGUGGUUUACAGAGCCGGCUGGACUUUAAACACAUGGCCCUUCCCCAUCAGGGGGUAGGAGGGGACAACCCCUGCUGCGCAGACGGGGUGGGCCGGGACUGGCUUUCGGUCUAGCUUUAAACUCUGGGCCAGGCGCCCAGGGCACGGUCUGGGAGACCAGGGCAUGGGCAGGAGACACUGUCCCCUCUGCCGGGUGCCAGUGGGGUGGGUCGGAGCCAGGUGGGGUGAGGGGCAGCAUGUGGUGUGGGGUCAGCAUUCCCCUUGGCAAACAAAGGGGACCUGUGCCCCCUCCACAGGGUCCCAGCUCCCUCUCUCCCCGUUCCUGUCCUCUCUUCUUGGGUUCAUCCCUCCUGCUUCUCCCACGUGUGUUUUCCCUCCUUUCCUCCUUGCCCCAGCCAGAGCAGCUGUGACUGCAUCACCCCCUGCCAGCUCUCAGACCCCCUCUGCUGGGGUGCUCUGAGUACAUGUCAGAAUGCAAAGCUCCCCCCCCGAGGGGAAACAGCAUUGGGGUGCUGGGGAGAAGCCCUGGCUCCAGUGCCUCUGUCCCCCAGAGUCGGUCCAGCUGCAGGCACCUCACUUCCCUCUAGUUUCAAAAUUAUGGGUUGUCCCCACCUGCCCGGGGUGCCUUGGUCCCUAGGAGUUUGGCUGCAGUAACUGACACAGGUGGGGUUUAAACCUGUGACCUACAGAGUGGAAAGCAGGAGCCACCGGAGCUAGAGCCCUAAAUCCCUUCAACAGCUUUCUGAACCUCAUACAUGGGCCGGCAGGGGGAGGGCAGGCAGAGCCCCCUGUGGGGGUUAUGUGGCCCUUAUAGUGCUCUGGGGCUGGGUUUAUUUUCCCAUUAGACUCCACCUGCCCCCCAGCUUCUCCCCCAUCUCUGCCCCUCGCUUACCUAUGCCAAGGGCAAGGUCCCCAGUCUGCCUGGGCCGGUGCGAAGGGCAGUUGCGUAACCCCAUUGCCUUUAAACCCUGCCUGUCUGCUCCACGGAGCCGCUCGUGUCCUGAAGCAUGGCCCUAACGCCCUGGCCCCCAGCCACCCCCCACUGCUACAGCAGGGACUCUUCAUCUGGGAUGAAGCCAACUCCAACCCCCCUCCCCCUACACACACAUCGUGCCCCUUGGCGGGAUGGGAGCCACUCCCUACAGCCAGCUGCAGCUGGCCCCAAGGAGCCCCCAUGGCAGUAUGCAGAGAGGAUAGCAGCCUACGGGAGUGGGCGUCAAGAGUGGGGUGAGGUGGUUGCGAGGGGCAGCAGGAGGGCGCGGGAGCCCCAGAACAAUGUUCCCUGCAAUUCUAGUUUUGUACCUAUCCUUUUGGUCACGCAGUAAACAUCCCGAGGAGGUUCUCUUUAUGUAUAUUCAGGGUCUUUCUGUUUCUGUCACGGCUGAGGGUCUCGCCUGCGGCCUGGGCGGCUCCCUGGCCUAACACGAGAAUGUAUAUGUUUUGUACCAAAAUGCUCUCUUAAUUGUAAAUUUAUUUUUUAAAAGAAAACGGCAGCUCCUUGUGUGCUACGGUGCUUUGUACAGAGACUUUUCUACGGGCGGCUUCGGGGUUGCGGCCCUUUGCCCACACGAGCUGGAAUGGAAAGAUGCACCGUGCAGCUUGGCUGAGGCUGUUUGGGUUCUGAGUUUAUGAUUGUUUUACCAUGCUCCAGAAGCACUGGGGUGGGAGGAAGACUUCGGACCAGAACUGGCAAUAAAAGCGGCACUGUCUACGGAGAGGCGUGUGCAGCACCUGAAUGAUUGCAGCAGCGGGUCCGAGCCCCAGCCGGGCACCAGAACCGCACGGCGUUGGCCCUAGGCAAACGCAACCUGCUGAGUCCCUAGACUCCAGGCCAGGCCAACCUGCCCCUUCUCAUUCAGUUCCACUCCUCACACCCCAUGGGGGAGACAAACGGGGCUCUGCGUGGCGUAGCCUUUCGGGA